AUGGAAUUACAAAAAUCAACCAGUAUGCCCGGGCCCUUGUCCCCAGGAUACGCGGCUCAGGUGCCGUAUAACUAUAACCAGCUAGAAGGAAGGUUCAAGCAGUUACAAGAUGAACGUGAGGCAGUUCAGAAGAAGACUUUCACCAAGUGGGUGAACUCCCACCUGGCACGUGUGUCAUGCCGAAUCACAGACCUGUACACCGACCUGCGCGACGGGAGGAUGCUCAUCAAGCUCCUGGAGGUUCUGUCAGGAGAGAGACUUCCCAAGCCAACGAAGGGGAGGAUGCGCAUCCAUUGCCUGGAGAACGUUGAUAAAGCCCUCCAGUUCCUGAAGGAGCAGAGAGUGCACCUAGAGAACAUGGGGUCUCAUGAUAUUGUGGAUGGGAACCACAGGCUGACACUUGGCCUCAUUUGGACUAUUAUCCUGAGGUUCCAGAUCCAGGACAUCAGUGUUGAAACUGAGGACAACAAGGAGAAGAAGUCAGCUAAAGAUGCUUUGCUUCUGUGGUGCCAGAUGAAGACAGCUGGUUACCCCAACGUCAACAUCCACAACUUCACGACGAGCUGGAGGGACGGGAUGGCUUUCAAUGCACUAAUCCACAAGCACAGGCCUGAUCUGAUUGAUUUUGACAAGCUGAAGAAAUCAAAUGCACACUACAAUCUGCAGAAUGCUUUUAACCUUGCAGAGCAACACCUUGGUCUUACUAAGCUCCUGGACCCCGAGGAUAUCAGCGUGGAUCACCCUGAUGAGAAGUCAAUCAUCACCUAUGUGGUGACAUAUUACCACUACUUCUCCAAGAUGAAAGCUUUAGCUGUGGAGGGAAAACGUAUUGGAAAGGUGCUGGACAACGCCAUUGAAACGGAGAAGAUGAUCGAGAAAUACGAGUCGCUGGCGUCCGACCUGCUGGAGUGGAUCGAGCAAACCAUCAUCAUCCUCAACAACCGCAAGUUUGCCAACUCCCUGGUGGGGGUGCAGCAGCAGCUGCAGGCCUUCAACACCUACCGCACCGUCGAGAAGCCACCCAAGUUUACAGAAAAAGGAAACCUAGAAGUGCUGCUUUUUACCAUUCAGAGCAAAAUGAGAGCCAACAACCAGAAAGUGUACAUGCCAAGAGAGGGCAAACUCAUCUCUGACAUCAACAAGGCCUGGGAAAGACUGGAAAAAGCUGAACAUGAAAGAGAACUGGCACUGCGAAAUGAGCUCAUCAGACAAGAGAAACUGGAACAACUCGCACGCAGAUUUGAUCGCAAGGCAGCUAUGAGGGAAACUUGGCUGAGUGAAAAUCAACGUCUCGUUUCUCAGGAUAAUUUUGGCUUUGACCUUCCAGCAGUAGAGGCUGCAACAAAGAAGCACGAGGCCAUUGAGACAGACAUUGCAGCCUACGAGGAGCGGGUGCAGGCCGUGGUGGCAGUUGCCAAGGAGCUGGAGGCUGAGAACUACCACGACAUCAAGCGCAUCGCCGCCAGGAAGGACAACGUGAUCCGCCUGUGGGAGUACCUGCUGGAGCUGCUCCGCGCGCGGAGGCAGCGCCUGGAGAUGAACCUGGGGCUGCAGAAGAUUUUCCAGGAGAUGCUGUACAUUAUGGACUGGAUGGAUGAGAUGAAGGUGCUUCUGCUGUCUCAAGACUAUGGCAAACAUUUGUUAGGAGUUGAGGACCUGCUGCAGAAACACGCUCUUGUGGAAGCUGACAUUGGUAUUCAGGCUGAGAGAGUGAGAGGGGUCAAUGCAUCUGCUCAGAAGUUUGCCACCGAUGGAGAAGGGUACAAGCCCUGUGACCCACAGGUGAUCAGGGACCGCGUGGCACACAUGGAGUUCUGCUACCAGGAGCUGUGCCAGCUGGCGGCCGAGCGCCGCGCCCGCCUGGAGGAGUCCCGCCGCCUCUGGAAGUUCUUCUGGGAGAUGGCCGAGGAGGAGGGCUGGAUCAGGGAGAAGGAGCAGAUCCUGUCCUCUGACGACUACGGGAAGGACCUGACCAGCGUCGUCAGGCUCUUCAGCAAACACAAGGCCUUCGAGGAUGAGAUGAGUGGUCGGAGCGGCCACUUCCAGCAGGCCAUAAAAGAAGGUGAAGACAUGAUUGCGGAGGAGCAUUUUGGGUCUGAGAAGAUCAGAGAAAGAAUCAAGGAUAUCCGGGAGCAGUGGGCUAACUUGGAACAGUUGUCUGCCAUUAGGAAGAAGCGUCUGGAGGAAGCCUCUCUCCUUCACCAGUUCCAGGCUGAUGCUGACGACAUCGACGCGUGGAUGUUGGACAUCCUCAAAAUCGUCUCCAGCAACGACGUUGGCCACGAUGAGUAUUCCACUCAGUCCUUGGUGAAGAAGCACAAAGACGUGGCCGAGGAGAUCGCCAGCUACCGCCCGACCAUCGACACGCUGCACGAGCAGGCCAAGGCCCUGCCCCAGGAGCACGCCGGCUCUCCAGACGUGCAGGGCAGGCUCUCUGGGAUAGAGGAGAGGUACAAAGAGGUCGCGGAGCUGACCCGGCUGCGGAAACAGGCCUUGCAGGACACUCUUGCUCUUUACAAGAUGUUCAGUGAGGCGGAUGCUUGUGAGCUUUGGAUCGACGAAAAGGAGAAGUGGCUGAAUAAUAUGCAGAUUCCAGAGAAGCUGGAGGACCUGGAAGUGAUCCAGCACAGGUUUGAAAGCUUAGAACCAGAAAUGAACAACCAGGCGUCCCGCGUGGCAGUGGUGAACCAAAUUGCCAGACAGCUGAUGCACAGCGGCCACCCCAGCGAGAAGGAGAUCAAAGCACAGCAAGAUAAGCUCAACACAAGAUGGAGCCAGUUCAGAGAACUCGUCGACAGGAAGAAGGAUGCUCUGCUCUCUGCUCUCAGCAUCCAGAACUACCAUCUGGAAUGUAACGAAACCAAGUCCUGGAUCAGGGAAAAGACCAAAGUGAUUGAAUCCACUCAGGAUCUGGGUAAUGACCUCGCUGGGGUCAUGGCCCUGCAGAGGAAGCUGACGGGCAUGGAACGGGACCUGGUAGCCAUUGAAGCCAAGCUGAGCGACCUACAGAAGGAGGCAGAGAAGCUGGAGUCUGAGCACCCUGACCAGGCACAGGCCAUCCUUUCACGGCUGGCAGAGAUCAACGACGUGUGGGAGGAGAUGAAGACCACCCUCAAGAACAGGGAGGAGUCCCUGGGAGAGGCAAGCAAGCUGCAGCAGUUCCUGAGAGACCUGGAUGACUUCCAGUCGUGGCUGUCCAGAACGCAGACCGCGAUUGCGUCCGAAGACAUGCCCAACACACUGACAGAGGCUGAGAAGCUGCUCACUCAGCAUGAGAAUAUUAAGAAUGAAAUCAACAAUUACGAGGAAGAUUAUCAGAAGAUGAGGGACAUGGGUGAGAUGGUGACACAAGGGCAGACGGACGCUCAGUACAUGUUCUUGCGCCAGCGCCUGCAAGCCUUGGACACGGGAUGGAAUGAGCUCCACAAAAUGUGGGAGAACAGGCAAAAUCUGCUUUCCCAGUCCCACGCCUACCAGCUGUUUCUCAGAGACACCAAGCAAGCAGAAGCAUUCCUUAAUAACCAGGAGUAUGUUUUGGCACACACAGAAAUGCCCACUACCUUGGAAGGAGCAGAAGCUGCUAUUAAAAAACAGGAGGAUUUCAUGACCACGAUGGAUGCCAAUGAAGAAAAGAUCAAUGCAGUUGUAGAGACCGGCAGGAGGCUAGUUAGUGAUGGGAACAUUAACUCUGACAAAAUCCAGGAGAAAGUGGACUCUAUUGAUGACAGGCAUAGGAAGAACCGUGAAGCGGCCAGUGAACUUCUGAUGAGGCUGAAGGAUAACAGGGAUCUUCAGAAGUUUCUUCAGGAUUGUCAAGAGCUCUCCCUCUGGAUCAAUGAGAAGAUGCUUACAGCCCAGGAUAUGUCCUAUGAUGAGGCAAGGAACCUGCACAGCAAAUGGCUGAAGCAUCAGGCGUUCAUGGCAGAGCUUGCUUCCAACAAAGAGUGGCUGGAGAAGAUUGAAAAGGAGGGAAUGCAGCUCAUUGCAGAGAAACCAGAGACUGAAGCUGUAGUGAAAGAAAAGCUGACCGGGCUCCAUCAGAUGUGGGAAGAGCUUGAAUCCACCACCCAGACCAAGGCUCAGCGUCUCUUCGAUGCAAACAAGGCAGAGCUGUUCACCCAGAGCUGUGCUGACUUGGAUAAGUGGCUGAAUGGGUUGGAGAGUCAGAUUCAGUCGGAUGACUAUGGAAAAGAUCUCACCAGUGUCAACAUUCUGCUGAAGAAGCAGCAGAUGCUAGAGAAUCAAAUGGAUGUCCGUAAGAAGGAGAUAGAAGAGCUGCAAAGCCAGGCACGGGCCUUAAGUCAAGAAGGGAAGAGUACAGAUGAAGUAGAUGGCAAACGCCUUACUGUAGAGAAGAAAUUUUUGGAGUUGUUGGAACCUUUGAAUGAAAGGAAGGCAAACCUGCUGGCCUCCAAAGAGAUCCACCAGUUCAACCGGGAUGUGGAAGAUGAAAUUUUGUGGGUGGGAGAGAGGAUGCCUAUAGCUACUUCUACUGACCAUGGACACAACCUCCAGACUGUGCAGCUGCUAAUAAAGAAAAAUCAGACUCUUCAGAAAGAAAUCCAGGGACACCAGCCUCGUAUCGAUGACAUCUUUGAGAGGAGUCAAAACAUCAUCACAGAGAGCAGCCCUAAUGCUGAGGCAAUCCAGCAGAGACUGGCAGACUUGCAGCAGCUGUGGAACCUCCUCAUCGAGGAGACGGAGAAACGCCACAAGCGCCUAGAGGAGUCUCACAGAGCACAGCAGUAUUACUUUGAUGCUGCUGAGGCUGAGGCCUGGAUGAGUGAGCAGGAGCUCUACAUGAUGUCAGAAGAGAAAGCCAAGGAUGAACAGAGUGCAGUGUCCAUGCUGAAGAAACACCAGAUUUUGGAACAAGCUGUAGAAGACUAUGCUGAAACUGUGCACCAGCUUUCAAAAACCAGCAGAACUUUGGUUGCAGAUAAUCACCCAGAAAGCGAGCGCAUCAGCAUGCGCCAGUCCAAGGUGGACAAGCUGUAUGCAGGGCUGAAGGACCUGGCCGAGGAGAGGCGGGGCAAGCUGGACGAGAGGCACCGGCUGUACGAGCUCAUCAACUCGGGACACUCGGAUGCCGCCACAAUUGCGGAGUGGAAGGACGGACUCAACGAGGCCUGGGCCGAUCUCCUGGAGCUCAUUGACACGAGAACACAGAUCCUAGCAGCCUCUUACGAACUGCACAAAUUUUACCAUGACGCCAAGGAGAUCUUGGGGCGCAUUCAAGACAAGCAUAAGAAGCUGCCCGAAGAGCUUGGCAGGGACCAGAACACCGUGGAAACGCUACAGAGGAUGCACACGACGUUCGAGCACGAUAUCCAGGCCCUCGGCACCCAGGUGAGGCAGCUGCAGGAGGACGCCGCUCGCCUCCAGGCUGCCUAUGCUGGAGACAAAGCUGAUGACAUCCAGAAGAGGGAGAACGAGGUGCUGGAGGCGUGGAAGGCGCUGCUGGACGCCUGCGAGGGCCGCAGGGUGCGCCUGGUGGACACGGGGGACAAGUUCCGCUUCUUCAGCAUGGUGCGUGACCUCAUGCUCUGGAUGGAGGAUGUCAUCCGGCAGAUAGAGGCCCAAGAGAAGCCAAG